UGUACAUGCAGUAUUCACACGCUUUCUCUGGUAAAUAGUGAGAUUUGAAGAAUGAAGGUUCUCAGCAUCGCAUUGUUCCUUCUCCCUGUAUUGAUGGUGGUGGCCGUGGAUCCAAAGAAUACGACUGUGAAUCCGAAUUCGGAUAUUAAAACCAUUGUACCACCUGGGCGCGUAAUGCCUCGUGGAGAGUGGAAUGGUGUUGACACUUGUUGGUUUUUUGAGAUUAAGUGUUGCGAAGAAUCCGUCUGUGACUACAAGGUGAAAAAUUCAAAUGGUAUAUGCGACUCUGAGUGCAAUACGAUGGAAUGUAAUUACGACGGUGGUGAUUGUAUCGACAACUAUGUUGCUCCUAUUACUGACUGGGAGAAGAACCAUUUGCGGCGGACGUUGGAUAGGUUUCUUCUUGUUGUUGCGGCGAAAGACUGGGACGUGGCACCGGGUAUUUAUAAGGAUGAGUAUAAAGUCAUAACAGGUGAUGAUGAUGAAUGCUUAGUGCUCUUCGAGGGUACGGACUCUAUGGAUGAAGCCCUCUCAGUUCUUGACACGCAACUUAUAGCCGCCUACGAUGGAAAGGACUAUGUCGGCACCGCCGCGACAGGCUGGGUCGCUUUUUACUAUAGCGUAAUAGAUGAUAUCAAGAAACAAAUAUCUCUUUAUUGCAAAGAUAGGGCAGUAGUGACCUUUGCAGGUCAUUCUCGAGGGGGUGCUACCGCGGCGCUGGCUGCCUCCGCAUGGUACCAGAGUGGUAAGAGUGAAUAUACAAGAUUGAUUACAUUUGGUGCACUUCGGACAUUCGCAAUCGAGGAUGCCAAUUGGGCCCACGGCCAGUUCUACCAAUUGCGAGUGGUCAAUAACAACGAUGCAUGUACUGGUGCUGUUGGAGUCGAUACAUCAGAUCACAGUCGAUUAUACAAACAUUAUGGAACAGUCAUCUGCAUAGGAUGUACAGGUUCUGAUCAAGAUUUUGCAUUUGGGGGAGGAUUUGCGAGGUGUCUUGAUUCAAUUUAUAUCGCCAAAACUCACUCGAUGGAUACCUAUAGUAAGGAAUUGAAGCGAUAUCUCGGUGUCUAGAAGAAGUAGUGUAAAGCCAUAUUAUGCAAUCUGUAGAGCUGCUAAAACCCUAAACCCUAAAAUUAGUACUUUUUUUUAAUAAAAGGAAUAGUCAGAGGUUCGUCCUCAGCUUCAAACCCGG